CCCUGCGCUUCCUCUUUCCCCCCCGUGUUUCCAAUCAUGGCGGAUGUGGUUCGGCAGCAAGAGCAAGAGGAGAAAUCCGAACAGGAGAAACACCUAAACGGAGAGGUGGAACUCGAAGACAAGGAGGAGGCUGAUGCUUCCGAGGAGACAGCCAAGAAAAAGAAAAAGAAGAAGAAGAAAAACAAGUCGCCAGCUGCCGCAGCAGCUAACGAGCCGGAGGCAGAUGGGAAUGCCGACGGAGUGGACGACAUGACGAAACAGCUGGAGAAGCAGGCUGUUGAAGACAAAGACAAGGAUGACGAUGGAGAGGAAGAUGGAGAGGAAGGGGAAAACUCUGCAGGAAAGAAGAAAAAGAAGAAGAAAAAGAAGAAAGGACCCAAGAUGCAGACUGAUCCACCUUCAAUUCCGAUCUGUGAGCUCUAUCCCAGUGGAGUCUUUCCAAAGGGACAAGAAUGUGAAUAUCCAACGACGCAAGAUGGUCGGAGUGCUGCCUGGCGCAUGACUAACGAAGAGAAGAGAGUGUUGGAUAAGGCCAGUGAAGAGAUCUGGAACGACUUCAGACAGGCAGCAGAGGCUCAUAGACAAGUCAGAAAGUAUGUUAUGAGCUGGAUCAAACCUGGCAUGACUAUGAUUGAAAUCUGCGAAAAACUAGAAGACUGUUCCCGGAAAUUGAUCAAAGAGAAUGGUUUGAAUGCAGGCCUGGCCUUUCCCACUGGCUGCUCAUUGAAUAACUGUGCUGCUCACUAUACCCCCAAUGCUGGAGACCCCACAGUCCUGCAGUAUGAUGACGUCUGCAAAAUAGACUUCGGAACGCACAUAAAUGGUCGUAUCAUAGACUGUGCUUUUACUGUUACAUUUAACCCAAAGUACGAUAAACUUCUUGAAGCAGUGAAAGAUGCCACUAAUACAGGAAUCAAGUGUGCUGGGAUUGAUGUACGCCUGUGUGAUGUUGGAGAAGCUAUACAGGAAGUCAUGGAAUCCUAUGAGGUUGAGAUCGAUGGAAAGACUUAUCAAGUGAAGCCAAUUCGGAAUUUAAAUGGCCACUCCAUUGGACAAUACAGGAUACAUGCUGGCAAGACUGUCCCCAUUGUCAAAGGAGGGGAAGCAACAAGAAUGGAGGAAGGAGAGGUCUAUGCUAUAGAAACAUUUGGAAGCACAGGAAAAGGAGUUGUUCAUGAUGACAUGGAGUGCUCACACUACAUGAAGAACUUUGAUGUUGGACAUGUGCCAAUCAGACUCCCAAGGGCUAAACACUUGUUGAAUGUGAUCAAUCAGGACUUUGGCACUUUGGCUUUCUGCCGCCGCUGGCUGGAUCGUCUGGGAGAGACAAAGUACCUUAUGGCACUGAAGAACCUUUGUGACUUGGGCAUAGUGGAUCCAUACCCUCCUCUCUGUGACAUGAAGGGCUGUUACACAGCACAGUUUGAGCACACCAUAUUAUUGCGUCCAACGUGCAAGGAAGUUGUGAGCAGGGGAGAUGAUUAUUAAGUUCGGCUUUUUUGUUCCCUGACAAGCUUUUUCUCACUUUGCUUUUGCAGAAAGCGGCACAAACUAAUUCAUGUGCUGCUCAGUGUCUGUCUGAGGGGUCGACUUUGUAUCAUAUUUACCAUGUUUGAAUUGAACAGCGGAAUAUUUGACAGUAUGGUUUUUAAUAUGCUUUAUUGCAUUUACAAAAAUAAAUGAUGCUGCUUCCUUUCAAAUGGGAAGUUAAAUAACAUAUAACUUAUGGCUGUAAAGUUUGGCUUUUAUUGCAGUUGGAGAGGGGAGUAUUUUGCAGAAUUUGCAUUCCGCUUGUAUAAGUAUUUAUAUUUUCCCUGACACUUCCAAAUUCUUAGUAACUGCUAAUUCUAACACCUGUGACCAUUGUAGGAAUUUGUUUUGAACUCCCAGAAACCUUUUUGUAAAACUAGAUGAAAAUAAAAAUCUUUUUUUGUUCAGA